GCCGCGGACGGACUCGGACGCUCCUUCGCGCGGGCCCCGGCUUCUCAACGCUGAGGCGGGGGGAGAAAGAAUUUGAGAACAUUAAAAAGGCGAUAAUGCACCAUGGCAACGGUCCUCAGAAUGCCCAGCGCCAGCUCCAAAGGUCCCGCUCCUUCACCGGCAGCGAGGGUGAAGAACAGCAGGCAACUCUGCCUCAGUCCCCGGCACCGUCGUUUGCUCCUUCUGCAAGCCCGUCUGCACCGCAGUCUCCCGGCUACCAGAUCCAGCAGUUUAUCAUGAGCAGAGGCCCGGUUACCUUGCAAAAUGUUGGAUCCGUCGCAGGAGGCAACCAGCAGAUCACACUCACCCCGUUGCCCAUCCCGAGUCCGACGUCCCCGAGUUUCCAGUUCAGCCCUCAGCAAAGGAGGUUUGAGCAUGGAUCACCAUCCUACAUUCAAGUUACUUCACCGCUGCCGCCGCAGGUUCAGUCUCAGAGCCCCACUCAGCCUAGCCCCGUGCCCGUUCAGACCAUAUCGAACGUUCGGGCAGGUACCCCAGGGCCUGGCUUGGGGAUGUGCAGCCAGAGCCCGACGCGGAGUUUCGUUGACGCCAGCGUGCUUGUGAGGCAGAUCAGCUUGAGCCCUUCUAACGGCGGGCACUUUGUGUAUCAAGAAGGCUCCGGCAUCGCCCAAAUUUCUCAAGGUGGCACUGCUCAGGUACAGCUGUCCUCUUCCGGAGCACCUGCUACGGUUAGGGAACGCAGGCUGUCGCAGCCCCAUUCGCAGACUGGCGGCACCAUCCACCAUCUUGGUCCGCAGAGUCCUGUAGCUAGUGGAGCAAAUAUCCAGACUUUACCGAGCUCCGGUCACAUUACGACAAAUAACCUGCCGCCACAAAUCAGCAAUAUCAUCCAAGGCAUGCAGCAGCAGCAGCAAGUGCUCCAGGGGCAGCAAUUGAGCAGACCCCUCGGAUAUGAUAGGACUUCUGGCGGUUUAAUAGCUGGGGUUGGAGGACCUCCUGCUUUUGGAAUGACAUCACCACCACCUCCCACGAGUCCUUCCCGAGCCAGUAUGCCGCAAGGGCUGACGAGCCUCCCUCUCGCUCCGUCGGUCUGCGCUGUGGUGAAAAAGCCCAAAAAAUUGGAGGAAGUCCCCCCGGCCACUCAAGAAACUGCUCAGAUGAGGAAGCAGUGUUUGGAGUACCACCUCAAGCAAAUGGAGGUUUUGAAAGAUGCUUUCAAAGAGUAUUUGAUUGAGUUGUUUUUUCUGCAACACCUUCAAGGAAAUAUGAUGGAUUUCUUAGCGUUUAAGAAGAAGCAUUGUAUGCCGUUACAAACAUACCUUAAGCAAAGUGACUUGGAUUUGGAGGAGGAGGAGGAAGAGGAGCAAUCGGAGGUUAUCAACGAUGAGGUAAAGGUUGUGACAGGAAAGGAUGGGCAGACUGGUACUCCUGUUGCUAUAGCAACCCAGCUUCCUCCAAAUGUUUCUGCUGCUUUUUCAUCUCAGCAGCAGCCAUUUCAGCAGGCGCAUGCAGGGGCUGCUGUAACGGGAACUGUGAAUACCAUAGAAAUUGAAGCUUUUAAGAGACAACAAGCGCUUACUUCAGAUUCGUCUAAGAGACCCCGAAUUGAAGUGGGCCGUCAUGGGAUGGUUUUUCAGCAUCCAGGCGUGACUUCAGGAGUCCCUCUUCAACAGCUCAUGCCAACAGCACAAGGCGGGAUGCCCCCCACCCCUCAAGCGGUACAACUCACGGGGCAGAAGCAAAGCCAGCAGCAGUAUGAUCCCUCCAAGGGGCCUCCGGUGCAGAACGCGGCAAGUCUACACACUCCACCCCCACAGCUGCCUGGGAGGCUGCAGCCCACCAACGUCCCUGUCGCGUCCCUCCCGGCGGCGCUGCAGCUCACACAGCCGCCCCCGCCGAUGACAGACGCUCCUGUGCCGCCUCCGAUGCAUGUCAAGGCCCAGCCGCAAAGCGUCUCCGUCGUUGCUGCACCCCACAGCCAGGUUCAAGGGCCGAUUCAGCAGCAGGCGCAGCCAGCCGCGCACGUGCAAGGGCAGCUAUCGGCGCAGGUAUUGCAGCCACAAGCUCCAGCACAGCAGCAGGCCGUGACCCUGGGCCGAGCUUCGGCAGACUCCGUCCAAACCUCUCAGCGGCUUUCAACAAACGUGCUUCCUCCUACCUCGUCCAACCCACCAGCAGCCAUUCCCAGCGCGGCGCCCCAGUCCACGUACCCGGCACAGACAAACCGGACCUCGCCAGCGACGAAUAAAUCGGCGUCUCCGAUCGCCUCCAAACCCCCAGGCUUGGCAGUGACCACGGCACCGAAGGUUCAGAGUCCAGCUCAAAAUACAGCCGCCGUUCUCCCACAGGACAGCUCCCAAGAGAAGCUGGCAGAGCAAGUUAAACUGGAAAACCAAGUCCACCAACGAAUAGCGGAGCUGAGGAAAGAAGGCUUGUGGUCCCUGAGGAGGCUGCCCAAACUUCAAGAGGCCCCCAGACCCAAAUCUCAGUGGGAUUAUCUCCUGGAGGAAAUGCAAUGGAUGGCAACGGAUUUUGCUCAAGAAAGAAGGUGGAAGAUGGCCACUGCUAAGAAGAUGGUUCGGACUGUGGUUCGCUACCAUGAAGAAAAGAAACUGAAUGAAGAGCGGGCCAAAAAGGAGGAACAGAACAAGAUGAGGCGUAUUGCUGCGGCGAUUGCAAGAGAAAUAGAAUAUUUCUGGUCUAAUAUUGAACAGGUUGUGGAAAUAAAACUGCAGAUUGAAUUUCAAGAGAAAAGGAGGAAAGCAUUAAAUUUAAAGAGACAUUCAAAGAAAGGUAAAGAUACACGACAUUUGGAAGAUAUUCUGCUAGAAAAGGAAACAGACUUGAGUUCAUGGUCAUCUGGAAGAAAGAGAAAGGCAAGCACGUCAUUGACAGAUGAUGAAGUUGAAGAUGAAGAGGACACCAUUGAAGAGCAGGAAGCUAAAGAAGGCAACGUCAACCAUCAAACUGAGCUGUCCACUUUGGCCAAAGAAGCUGAGCUGCCUUUGGAUGAAUUGGUAAAGAUGUACGAAGGCGCCUUUGCUGAGAACUUCCACUGGCCCCAGCCGAAGCCUGAAGAAGACACAAGUGAAGAAGAAAUGGAAGACCGCCCAGCUGAAAAGGAACUCCUUCAGAAGGACGUUAUUCUGAUCGACUCCCUCCUCAGCAUCGAUCAGUACAAAAGCGCCGAGAGAGCAGUUCCUAUCAAGAAACACGGGAGGGACAUAGCAGAAGUGGCGGCUGCGGCGGAAGCGCUCUUGCCGAAAGGCAGUGCCCGGAUCACAACGGCGAUUAAGUACAAUACUCCGCCCCUCUUGUACGGCUCCCUUCGAGAGUAUCAGAAGAUUGGCUUGGACUGGCUUGCCAAGUUGUACAAGAAGAAUCUCAAUGGCAUUUUGGCAGAUGAGGCCGGGCUCGGCAAAACGGUGCAAGUCAUUGCCUUUUUUGCCCAUCUGGCGUGUAACGAAGGCGACUGGGGUCCUCACCUUGUCGUCGUUCGGAGUUGUAAUAUACUAAAAUGGGAGCUUGAACUGAAGCGUUGGUGCCCCGGGUUGAAAAUCCUGCUCUAUAUAGGCAGCCAGAGAGAACUCAGAGCAAAGAGACAGGAGUGGAUGGAACCUAACAGCUUUAAUGUCUGCAUCACAUCCUACAAGCAGCUCUUCAAAGGCCAUCAAGCGUUCAUGAAGAUGCGGUGGAAGUACCUCGUUGUCGACGAGAUGCAGCAGAUCAAAAACAUGACGGAGAAGCACUGGGAAGCGCUGUUCAGUCUACGCAGCCAACACCGCUUGCUGCUCAUCGAUACGCCUCUGCACAACACCUUGAUGGAAUUGUGGACCAUGGUCCACUUCCUGAUUCCGGGAAUCUCCAAACCGUACCUGGAUUUCCCAGUGAAAGCAGCCAACGAGGAGAAUCAGGAUUAUUGUCACAAACUAGUCAUCAGGUUACACCGAAUGAUCCAGCCGUUUAUUUUGCGGAGAUCGAAAAGAGACGUUGAAAAGCAGUUGACGAAGAAAUACGAACAUGUGCUUAAGUGCCGGCUUUCAAACAGACAAAAAGUGAUGUACGAAGAUGUCAUACUGCAGCCAGGCACCCAAGAUGCUCUGAAGAGUGGGCACUUUGUCAGCGUUCUCCACGUUUUGAUGCAGCUGCAGAAGAUCUGCAACCACCCCGAUCUGAUUAACCCUCGGCUCUCCAGUUGCUCCUACGUCUCGGAGGCUCUGCAGUACAGAACCGCUUCGCUGGUCUUAAAAGCUCUUGAACGCAACCUGUGGAAGGUGACGGAUCUGAGUCUCUUUGAUUUGCUUGGGAUUGAGAAUAAAAUGACCCGGUACGAGGCACAAGUGUUGCCAAAGCGCAAAGUGACCAGGAAGCUCAUAGAAGAAAUCUAUACCUCUCCUCUGCCCCCACCCAGGCCUAAUCCAGUAAAGCUGAAGCCAAGCAGGCUGUUCCAACCCGUUCAGUAUGGGCAGAAGCCGGAGGGGAGGACAGCGUCUUUUCCCAGCGCUCAAGUGCAGCGCACGGUGACCGCGGCCACGGUGGCCCAGCAGGGACAAGUGCGAGGCAGGUCGCCGAUGACAGCGGUGUCUGCAAAUCAAGCCUCGGCCGCCGCGGCGCCGCAGUUUCAGCCAACCCAGUCUUCCGCCAGUGCUCCUCCAAGACCGCAGCCGGCAGUGACCUUCGCCACCGCAACUAGCCCGGCCCAUCCUGCGAAACAGCGGGGGCAGAGCACUGGGCAGGCCUUACAGCUAGGCCAGGCCCAGCCACAGGUUCCCCCCCACACCGUCCAACAGAGCGUGCUGCCUCAGAGGCUGGUACUGACCUCUCAGGCACAAGCACGCUUGCCCAGCGGUGAAGUCGUAAAAAUAGCCCAACUAGCUUCCAUUGCAGGAGCCCAGGGCAGAAUUGCUCAGCCAGAGACUCCCGUGACGCUGCAGUUUCAGGGGAACAAAUUCACUUUAUCUCAUAGUCAACUUCGCCAGCUCACUGCUGGGCAGCCUCUGCAGCUGCAAGGCAGCGUCCUGCAAAUCGUUUCGGCGCCCGGGCAGCAGUACUUACGGCCGCAGGGCCCGGUGGUCAUGCAGACGAUGUCUCAGGCUGGGACCAUUCAAAACGCUCUGAAUGCUUUGGGGAAUCAGCACCCGGCCAGCUUGCCGUCUUCGGCAGUAACGCAGCAAGUGUGUGUUCCAGGUAGAACUAUGAGUUCAAAUUUAGCUUCGGGGGACUCGCUUUCAUCUUUAAAACCUGGCCUUAUUCAUGGAGGACACGCUCAGGAGACAUUUGAGGAAAAGAAUAGGCUUCUGAAGGAGCGCUUGGACCGGCUCUUUUCAUGCAAUGAGCGCCGCUGUUCCAGAGCACCGAUGUACGGCAGGGAUCUCAUGAGGAUCUGUUCCCUGGUGGGUGACGCAAAGACGCCGCCUCCAUUUUCCACCGGAGCAAGCAGAUGGAGCUGGGCUGGCUUUGCAAACUGUUGCCUCUCCUUGAACGCCGCCGGGGUCCACGGCGAUCCGCUACAGGGCCUGAUGCGGACGUUGGGACGGCAGCAGGAGGCCCUGAGGAACACUGUUAAUAGGGUUCUCUGCGUGCUCCCAGCGGCGGUGGCUGCUCCUCCAUCUUUGCACGUGGCACGUCUCCCCCCUUUGUAUAGCCACCGGAUGAAGCUGCUCCGGCACCGUCUGAAAGCGGAGGCGGCUCCACACCUGCGUCAGCUGCAGCAGCUCACCACUCCGCAGUUACUUCAGUUCCCCGACCUCCGCCUGGUGCAGUUCGAUGCAGGGAAGCUGGAAGCCCUGGCAGUCUUGCUUCAGAAGUUGAAAUCGGAAGGGCGCCGGGUUCUGAUCCUGUCCCAGAUGAUUCUCAUGCUGGACAUCUUGGAGCUGUUCUUGAAUUUCCAUUUCCUCACCUACGUGAGGAUUGACGAGUGUGCGAAUCAAGAGGAACGCCAGGAGCUCAUGAAGACCUUCAACAGAGACAAGCGCAUCUUCUGUGCCAUCCUUUCCUCACACAGUCGCUCCACGGGCGUCAACCUGGUGGAGGCCGACACCGUUGUGUUCUACGACAACGAUUUAAAUCCCGUAAUGGACGCGAAGGCUCAGGAAUGGUGCGACCGGAUCGGAAGGUGCAAGGACAUCCAUAUCUACAGGCUUGUCAGCGGGAACUCGGUAGAAGAGAAGCUCUUAAAAAACGGCACUAAGGAUUUGAUCCGAGAAGUAGCUGCUCAGGGAAAUGACUAUUCUAUGGCCUUUUUGACACAGCAAACAAUUCAGGAACUCUUUGAGGUUCAUUCUCCAAUGGAGGAUUCUGGCUUCCGGGUGAAAGCGGAAGAAUUUGUGAUGCUUUCACAGGAGCCCUCCCCAUCUGAAACCAUCUCCCCCAAAGUUGCAAGGCCUUUCAUAGAGGCUCUGAAAAGUACAGAGCGACAAGAGGAGGAAGAGUUGAACGCACGUGAUCUGGAUACGGGGACGGAAUCGGCUUUGGAACCGUUCGUUUUGGAACUGGGCAAGUCCCGGUAUCUCGAUGAGCCUUCUCACCUGCAGGAGCUGGAUGCUGUUGUGGAUCAGCUCACCCCGAUUGAAAAAUAUGCUUUAAAUUACCUGGAGCUCUUCCAUAUUUCCACUGAUGAGAGUGAACCAAAAGAAAAUGAGGCGGAAGUGAAGAAAGCGAAAAAGGUGUGGGAGACGCAUCGUCUGAAGGAGCUCAAAGAUCAAGAAGAGAAAAUGCUUUUGGGCGGGGAGGAGGAAGAACUCCUUACCUACACCCGGGAAGAUGCAUACAACAAAGAAUAUAUUUAUGAAGGCCCAGAUGGACAAACUGAAAUAAUGCCACUCUGGACUCCUCCAACCCCGCCGCAGGAUGACAAUGACAUUUAUAUUGACUCUGUCAUGUGUCUGAUGUAUGAGACCACCCCAAUUCCAGAGUCCAAGCUGCCUCCCGUGUAUGUCCGGAAGGAGCGUAAGCGCCACAAAACGGAUCCUUCCGCUGCAGGACGGAAGAAGAAACAACGCCACGGGGAGACGGUCAUUCCUCCCCGGUCGCUCUUUGACCGAGCCACUCCGGGGAUGCUGAAAAUGCGUCGGGAGGGCAAAGAGCAGAAGAAGAACAUCCUGCUGAAGCAGCAGACGCAGUUUGCCAAGCCCCUGCCCACGCUGGUGAAGCCGGCUGCCGAGGCAGGCCAAGACAACCCCGAAUGGCUCAUCAGUGAGGAUUGGGCCCUCCUCCAGGCGGUCAAACAGUUGCUGGAGCUCCCCCUCAACCUCGCGGUGGUGUCCCCAGCGCACACCCCCAACUGGGACCUGGUCAGCGACGUGGUGAACUCCUGCAGCCGCGUUUAUCGCUCCCCCAAGCAGUGCCGGAACCGCUACGAGAACGUCGUCAUUCCAAGAGAGGAAGGGAAGCUUAUGUAUGAAGCGAACCCUAAGAAGAAGACAAAAAGCAUUUAUAAGACAUUUAAUGAAUUAAUCCCUGCAACGCCCCAUCAGACAAAGAACAGUCGUCCACUUCGAACUAAUCAGCUUUAUGCCCAAGAUGAAGGCUCAACACACACCCAGCUUUACACGAAUCAUUUUGAGAUUAUGAAAAUGAUUGCUGGCAAGAGAAGUCCCCCCAUCAAACCCCUACUUGGCAUGAAUCCUUUCCAGAAGAAUCCCAAGCACACUUCAGUACUUGCAGAAAGCGGCAUCAACUACGAUAAGCCUCUUCCGCCCAUUCAAGUUGCAUCUCUCCGAGCUGAACGUAUUGCGAAGGAGAAGAAGGCUCUGGCUGAGCAGCAACGGGCCCAGCAGCAAGCGGGGCCGCAGCAGCAACAGCAGCCUGGCCAGCAGCAAGCUCAGCAAGGGACAGCCCAGCAGGCCCAGCCUCAGCCCCAGGCUCAAGUGCAGGUGGUCCAGCAGCCCCAGGCCGUGGUGCAGGCGGCCGUGACCACCGUGGCCAACACUGCAGUCCUGGCUGGCACAAUGAAAACCUCUGUGACUGGAACAAGCAUCCAGACAGCCACAGUGAGCGGGAAUGUGAUCGUGAACACCGUGGGCGGAGUCCCUGCAACUACGUUUCAGCCCAUCAACAAAAGGCUGGCUUCUCCCGUUAUCCCUGGAACGCUGGCAACUUCGGGAGGGACCGCAGCAGCCCAGGUGGUCCAUACCCAGCAGAGAGCGGCUGUGGCACCUGCUGCAGCUGCCGAAUUGGUAACCCUGGCAUCUACCCCUGGGGUCCGAGCAGUGACGUCCGUGACGGCAUCAGCUGUUGUCACCACUAACCUGAGCCCUGUCCAGACCCAGGCGAGAUCCUUGGUCACUCAGGUCACCCCAGCAGCUCCAGCAGGAGUACAGCUUUCAGGAAAGACCAUCACCCCUGCACACUUCCAGCUUCUCCGGCAGCAGCAGCAACAGCAGGCCGCAGCCCAAGUGCAAGUCCCCCAGAUCCAGGCUCAGGCUCAGGCCCAAUCGCCAGCCCAGAUUAAAGCUGUGGGCAAGUUAUCGCAGGAGCAGCUCAUCAAGUUGCAGAAGCAGAAGCUGCAGCAGGCCCAGCCCGGCGCCCAGCAGCAGGCAGCUCAGGUCCAGGUGCAGCAGCAGCAGCAGCAGCAACAAAACCAGCAGCUCACGGCUGUCGCAGCACCGAGGCCAGGGGCAGUCCUCACCGGCACCACGGUCACAAACCUCCAGGUGGCCCGCCUUACUCGUGUUGCUGCUUCCCAGCUUCAAGCGCAAGGCCAGAUCCAGGCCCAGACGCCGCAGGCGGCCCAGGUGGCUUUGGCGAAACCUCCAGUGGUGUCCGUUCCGGCUGCCGUGGUAUCAUCCGCAGGGGUCACCACACUCCCUGUUACCGUCGCUGGCAUUAGCGUUGCUAUUGGGCAGCCGCAGAAGGCAGCAGGUAUUUCAACCGUUUCCAGAACCUCAGGAGGACAGACCGUGGUGGCUCAGCCGCUGCACGUCCAGCAUCUUCUGAAGAUGAAGCACCAUCAAGCAGCCCAGCAACAGAAAGCCAUCCAGCCCCAGGUCACCCAAGGACAAGCUGGUGUCCAGCAAAAGAUCAAUGCCCAGCAAGUCACCGUCCAGGCCCAGCAGCAGACGGCCCAGCAGCAGAAAGUCUACGCGACGCAGCCGGCCAUUAAAGCACAGUUCCUACCGACGUCGCUUUCUCAGGGCCAGAAACCUGGCGUAACCCAACAAGUCCAGACCCAAAUACAGGUUGCCAAGAUUCCACAAGUGGUGCCGCCCCAGCCGACGGUAGCCAACAUCCAGCAGGUGGUUUCGGUGUCCCAGCAGGUCCAAGCUCAGCCACAGACAGUCACUUUGUCCCAGACGACGGCCGGACAGCACCAGGUCCAAGUGAUCCCGGCCACCACCGGUGCUGCUCAAGUGGUCCCUCAGAAACUGAUACAGCAGCAGGUUGUCACGACCGCAUCCCCCCAGAUCCAAGCUCCCGGAGUCCAGAACCCGGCCCAGGCGCCGGCAGCGUCCGACAGCCAGACUCAGCAAGCCAAAGUGCAAAUGAGGGCUCCGGUGAGAUUAAAGGCUCCCAACAAGCCCACUUGAGCUCCUGACAGGCCGCCCGCGAACAAGGGGGAACGCAGCAUUUCAUGUUUCCCACGAUCUGGCCAAGAGAGGGGCAGGGUCCCCGCCAGGAGAAGGUGGGCGGCCCAGAGCCUCUCUCGGAAGCUGCACUUUGUGUCGGGAACCCUCGAUUCCAAAUCAACUCCCGAGGAGGACGCUCGUCUAAACCACACAGCGUGUAAAUAUUGAAAGACUUGAUCUCUCUGCCUGUUCUCACAGAAACAUCAGAAGGAGGCAGCAUUCCAAUUUCAGUAGAAACUUGUCCACGCGUUCUGUCAUUUCAUCUUCACUGCCAGUGGGAAAUCUAGAGUGGGGAGGGUUGGGCGUAUCUUUCAAAGGCAACGCUCCGUCAGCAGCCGGCAAAACACGGCCUGCUCCCCUUCUUUAGAAGCUGAGUUGUGACAAGCCUUUCAUAAAGGGGUGGGAGGCGGAGAGAGAUUGAGAGAGAGAGAGAGAGAGAGACUUGUUGAAAGCACUCCCUGCAACAUUUAGCUAAUAAAUGUGAAGAUUUGUAAGUAUCUGUAAUUACGAACCAUAUUUCAGUCUCCAUUCUAUUGUAAGUUUUUUUUUCUUUCUUUUUUAAAAAAACAUUUCCUAGUUGCCUGUUGGGGAGUUUUGGGGUGGGUUUUAUUUAAAAAAAAUUUUUUUGGUGUACAGUUUUUUGAAGCACCAUCUCUAGGCCUUUGCUCCCAUUUUUCACCAUUAAGGUAAUACCUGUUCUAGGCAUGUGUUUGGGUGUGUGUGUGUGUGUGUGUGCGUGGGAUAAAUUCUGUGUAAUUAGUAGCUGUGUGUUUUAAUUGUAACCCACCAUUUCUCCCCGCCCUGCACCCCCCUCCUAAUUUGUAAAUGGAAAUGUUUGAUUCCUGUCGCUAAGCAAAUGACGUGUUGUCCUUGUUUCUCACGGGGGCAUUGAGACUGGAAGGACACCUGUCUCACGGAAGUUCCAUGCGUCGGUUUUGUUCCGCGCUUGCAAAUCUGUUUUUCGCCCCCCCAACGUUCGGUUACGUUUCCGCUCAGGAAGAAGAGCAGAUGGAACGUUUCAGUCUAAUUAUUCAGUUGUUUACUAAAGGUAAAACCUUCAGGGGGACGUUUGGGUUAUUAAUUUUGCAAAGGUAGUCCUUCGUACUGUUGUUUUGAGUUUUCCCAAGCCAACCAAGAAGCAGUUUGGAGCGGAAGCUUCGAACCCCGCCCCACAACUAUAUACAUUUUCCUAAAAGGCAAAAUCUCUUUGCCAUGAAUUGAAGACUGCCCCUCAGACUGUCUGGUGUUUUAGCUAUUAAACCGGACAAUGUGCCAUGAGGACAAAGGGCGAUACUGGGAAUCUGACCAAAAAAAAACCAGAGAAAAGGCGAGGUCCAUGAUCCACAGGAAGAGAAUACAUGCACACUAUGGAACUACGCGUGCAGUUGGAGACGCCUCCUGCGGUCUCCAUCCAUCUGAAGAGACAAACCUUUUUAAAAAGAACAAGCCUACAGUUUUUGAGUCUUUUCUGGAAAUUCCUGCAGAAAAAAACAUAACCGUGCCGAAAGCUUGUGGAUUGUGGGCAAUUUGAAUAUCUGUUCUACAUAUGUACAAUUUUGGGGUGGGACUGUCUGGUAUCCAAGAGAGCUUAGACAAAAACUAGACGUCUCUGCUAAUUUUGAAUGUGCAAAGUUCCUACUCUCAGUGAACUUAAAUGUUUUCCUCCUGCAAAGUACUAUUUUUGUUGGAGCCUUCAUUUUUACAGACGUCACGUGUUUGCUUUAAAAACAAAACAAAACCCUGUGCUUGUACAUGAAGGAAGUAGAGACAGGCUGUUAAAUGCCCUUUUCUCCGAACAGUUUUGUUUACCGUUACCUCUCUUUUAUUAGCGUAUGUUUGUGAGAGCUGCUAGUAGGCAAGACAGUGAAAUUAUAACAUUGCAAACUAAACGCAACAGCACAAGACGACGUUGGGCAGAAGCCACUGGGAAUGUCUCUUGCAUUAGUCUCUUUGGAAAUGAGUUGAACUUAGCACCCCCUCCUUCUGUCUCUCCCCCCCCUUCUUAAAAUGUGUAGGUAGCUCUGAUUUUCUCAAAAUGUUGUCAGUCUUAUUUAAAUCUUCCUUAUGUUCACAAAUGCAGUGGGGUGAAACUACAGAAUAGAGCUAAGGGCAGCCAGAGUGUUCUGUUUCUGAGCAUGUCAGUGGAAGCAAUGUCUGUUUCCAAGGACAGUGAACGUGAAAAUUGGAUCUCCCUCAAUUUCUGUCUCCCCCUCCCUGACCUUCCCCCCCCCCACAAAAAAAGUGUGUUAGGAAGCCAGUCUAACUUGUAAAUAUCUUUAUGAACAUAAAACAUUUGUACUUGACCAGUAGGAUUGUAAGGCCUUGUGUUGUAUCCUACCUGAAGGUGUAAUAAAGUGUACAUUUUUAUAA